CCGCUCCCCGCCUCCAUGGGAGCUCCGCAGGGCGGGCCCUGCCAGCCCCCGGUGCCCCCCCGCUGUCCAUUGCAUAAGCGGCCCCGUGACCUAAAGUCGAAUAGCGCUGCGUGUCACCCCAGGGCCAGGCGGGGAAACUGGGGCAGCGGGCCCGAGGAGGACGAAGACGAGGAGGAGGGAGGUGACCACCGCGUCUCCGAGCGGGGAGCUGUGGGCAGGAUGCGGCACCGCACCAUCCACCUCUUCCGGAAGGGCCUCCGGCUGCACGACAACCCAGCUCUGCUGGCUGCACUGCAAUCCUCUGAGGUCGUCUACCCCGUCUACAUCCUGGACAGAGCCUUCAUGACGUCCGCCAUGCACAUAGGAGCCCUGCGGUGGCAUUUCCUGCUGCAAUCCCUGGAGGAUUUGAGGAGCAGUUUGUGCCAGCUGGGUUCCUGCUUGCUGGUCAUUCAAGGAGAAUACGAGUCUGUAGUCAGAGAUCACGUCCAGAAGUGGAACAUCACGCAGGUGACUCUGGAUGCGGAGAUGGAGCCCUUUUACAAGGAGAUGGAGGCCAACAUUCGGGCUCUGGGAGAAGAGCUGGGCUUCGAGGUGCUCUCACUGAUGGGCCACAGCCUCUACGACACCCAACGGAUUUUGGAGCUGAAUGGUGGGACUCCCCCGCUGACGUACAAGAGGUUCCUUCACAUCCUGUCCCUGCUCGGGGACCCGGAGAUGCCAGUCCGAAAUCUCACAGCUGAGGACUUCCAGAGGUGCAGCCCCCCUGAGCUGGGCCUGGCUGAGUGCUACAGGGUCCCUCUGCCCACGGAUCUGAAGAUUCCCCCCGAGAGCAUCUCCCCAUGGAGAGGAGGGGAGAGCGAAGGGCUGCAGCGCCUGGAGCAGCACCUGGCAGACCAGGGCUGGGUGGCCAGUUUCACCAAGCCGAAAACAGUCCCAAAUUCACUGCUUCCAAGCACCACCGGCCUGAGCCCCUAUUUCAGCAUGGGCUGCCUGUCAGUCCGCAGCUUCUUUCAUAGGCUGUCAAACAUUUAUGCUCAGGCCAAGCACCACUCCCUGCCCCCCGUGUCGCUCCAAGGGCAGCUGCUGUGGAGGGAGUUCUUCUACACGGUGGCAUCAGCAACACCAAACUUCACCAAAAUGGCCGGGAAUCCCAUCUGCCUCCAGAUCCGUUGGUAUGAGGAUGCUGAGAGGCUCCACAGAUGGAAAACGGCUCAGACGGGCUUCCCAUGGAUUGAUGCAAUCAUGACCCAGCUGAGGCAGGAGGGCUGGAUCCACCACCUUGCCCGGCACGCUGCCGCCUGCUUCCUGACCCGCGGGGACCUUUGGAUCAGCUGGGAGGAGGGCAUGAAGGUUUUUGAAGAGCUGCUUUUAGAUGCUGACUACAGCAUCAAUGCAGGGAACUGGAUGUGGCUGUCAGCCAGUGCCUUCUUCCACCACUACACACGGAUCUUCUGCCCGGUCCGUUUUGGGAGGCGCACAGACCCAGAGGGGCAGUACAUCAGGAAGUACUUGCCUAUUCUAAAGAACUUUCCCUCUAAGUACAUCUACGAGCCCUGGACGGCCUCUGAAGAGGAGCAGAAGCAAGCAGGAUGUAUCAUAGGUCAGGAUUACCCCUUCCCAAUGGUGGACCACAAGGAGGCCAGCGAUCACAACCUGCAGCUGAUGAAGCAGGUCCGAGAGGAGCAGUACAGAACAGCCCAGCUCACCAGAGAUGAUGCAGAUGACCCAAUGGAAAUGAAGCUGAAGCGGGACCGCUCUGAGGAAAACUUAACAAAGACAAAAGCAGCCAGGAUGACAGAACAAACCUAGAUCCAUCGGGGUUUAACCCUCUGGGAACUGAGAAAUGGCAGAAGGGAGAGCAGAGGCCAUCUGAGCAGGAGGAGCUGCACUCUGUGCUUUGCCCCCUGUGUGAACCAACCACCAGCAAAAGCUUUGUACCUUCCAUGCAUUUGUUACUGCAGUUAUUUUGAAUGAAUUUGUCUGUCUGUUGGUGGCUUAGUAGUCAUUUAUUGCAGCUAUAGGUAAUGGACAUGUUUCUCUGUUGCUAUUAUUCAAAUCCACUCAACGUUCAUGCAUCUUUAUGGUUUUGAUGAUAAAUGCCACUCUUUCCAACGUGACAAAUACAUGUCAGUUUAAGAAUAAAUUGAUAUUAAUGUUUUCACACAUUAGUGUUAAAAGCAGGAUUUGCCUUAGACAGGCAAAUUUUAAGGGCAUUGUUGUAUAGUUUCUCAGUGGGUUAGGGCUGAUGUCCUUCUCGGCUUAUUCCUCUAGAACUGUAGGAUAGGUAUUUUAUUCCUCUCAUGUAUCACAUGUAAAAAUUCCCCCUUCCGUUGAAAUGGCUCCUUCUGAAGUGUCACAAGGCUGAAUAGCCUGUUUUCUUUGUUAUGGUUGGGGUUCUGUUAUGGUUGUGGGUUUUCAUCACCGUGGG